AUGUCAUCAAACACUCACUCACCUUGUGCUGCGUGCAAGUUUCUACGGCGAAAAUGCACGCAAGAAUGCGUGUUCGCGCCCUAUUUCCCACCCGACCAGCCUCAGAAAUUCGCAAACGUCCACCGGGUUUAUGGUGCGAGCAACGUCGCCAAGAUCCUGAAUGAACUCAACGCAGCCCACCGAGAAGACGCGGUGACUUCACUGGCCUAUGAGGCAGAGGCCCGCCUCAGGGACCCAGUGUACGGCUGUGUGGGUUUCAUCUCAAUUCUCCAGGGCAAGCUCAAGCAAAUCCAGACUGACCUCUACAAUGCCAAGAAGGACUUAUCUGCCUACAUUGGCCCUCAGGCAUUGAUGAUACCAGUUUUUCACCCUUCCCAACAAACAGACCUAAAUGCAUCUGUGCCCAUGUUGGGGAUUUCCAAUUGUCCUCCGCCCCAACAUGGUUGCGGCGGAGGACAGCUGAUGCAACAACAACAACAAUUGUUCGAGGCUCAUCAGCAAGAGCUUGUGAGGUAUAAUGUGAAUGGGAUGGAUGCGGCGGCAGCGAAUUCAGUUACUGGAAAUGGGUUUAAUCAGAUGCAUGCAGCUGCUGGUACUAAUGGUGUGGUGUCAGCUGGUUCUUUGGGUUUGGGUGGCGGCUUUGACAACAACCCUUAUAACCACCAGAUGCAAUCACAGCAAGCUGCUGCUGCUGCACAUCAUCAGCAUUCUCUUGACUAUCAGCUUCAAGCUCAACUCAUGCUCCAGCCACACCAGGCCCAGCAAUCACAGCUGAAAUCGGAAGGGGAGGAGAGUUGA